CAAAUUCGACUUUUACACAAAACUUCAAACAGUGUAUGACACAUCGACAGAUAUCCAAUAACAUUUGUUGUCAGCAGCGCUCUGAUUUAUAUUUCAUUCGUACAGCACCCAAAUUAGAAAUAUAGUUUUUUUUUUUAAAUCUCCAUCCAAAAUGAGUGAAGACGAUUCAAAAGUAAAAUUCAAAGUAACGUUGACAUCAGACCCAAAGCUGCCGUUUAAAGUUUUUAGCGUAUUGGCAAGUAUUCCAUUCACAGCUGUUGUGAAAUUUGCUGCCGAAGAAUUCAAAGUAGAUCCAGCUACCACAGCUAUCAUCACAGAAGAUGGUAUCGGAAUCAAUCCACAACAAACAGCUGGAAAUGUUUUCCUAAAACAUGGAUCAGAGCUUCGUUUAAUUCCACGCGAUCGGGUCGGCCACAUCGAUUUAUAAUCAGACAUGACAAUGGCACCAAAACAAUUAUCGAGAAAAAAACAAAUCAAAUGUGAAAAUAGAAAAAUCGAAUUUUUCAUGCAUUCACAAUAUUUCUAAUAUGUUUUACCAUGAUUGUAUGCUACAUUUUUCUUGUUAAUACGAAAAUAUCACAACAAUUUAUUUAAAAAAAACAAAACAAAA